GCAAACAUGGGGACCAUAGGAUCAUGGAUCAUCUUCCUGACGCUGUUGGUCGGCUCAGUCUCUCAGAUAGCUAACACAAAUAAGAUCGGCCGAGUGUGCACGACUUGGGGUCGUUACCACUGGAAGACCUUUGAUGGAGAUUUCUUCCAGCUGGCCUCUAACUGUAACCAUGUCUUGGUCUUCGAGUGUAAAGACAGCUACAAAGAGUUAAACCUCCAAAUGAGGCGCACAGUCAUCGAUGACAUCCCCACCAUUAGCAACAUUAUCAUGACGCUUGAAGGCUCUGUGGUGGAGCUGUCCAACAGCUCAGUGAUAGUCGAUGGCAAGACGGUGUCUCUGCCACAUGUCACAUUCGGCGUGAGUGUCAUGCGGACGGAUUUUAAUAUCAUUGUGGAAGCUAAGCAGGGAAUUACAGUGACCUGGAACCUGGACGACUCCCUGGACAUUGAAAUUGAUGAGAAAUACCAGAACAAGAUAUGUGGACUCUGUGGAAACUUUGACGGUGUGCCCAAUGAUUUGAUGGAAAAUGGCGCUCGGCUGUCCGUGAGCGACUUUGCUGACACCUACAAGGUGGAUGGGCCAACAGAGCGUUGUGAGGAGCCCGCACCCACCCCAGUCCAGAGCUGUGGCGAUAAGCAACUCUGUGACCAGAUCUUCUCCAGUCCUCCUUUCAGAAGUUGCAGAGACCUUUUGGACGUGGAAUACUUCAAUAAAGUCUGCAGGAAUGAUAUGUGCAACUCAAAAGAAACUACUAACUCUACCCUCUGCAAAACCAUAUCAGAGUACUCCAGACAGUGUGUCCAUGCAGGGGGCAAGACAGAACAGUGGAGGGAUGCAACGUUUUGCCCCAAGAAAUGUCUACACAACAUGGAGUUCAUGGAGUAUAGCAGUCCAUGUGUUGACAGCUGCUCCACCCCUCAGGCCAGCCAGACAUGUAACAGGGACUACAGGGAUGGCUGCGCCUGCCCUAACGGAACUGUCUUUGACGACAUCAGUAAAACUGGCUGUAUUGCUCAAGAUCAGUGUCCGUGUCGGCAGAAAAACAAGUUGUACAAGUCAGGAGAGUCCUACUCAGACAACUGUAGAUCCUGUGUGUGUGAGAGUGGACAGUGGAGUUGUACAGAGGAGAACUGUCCAGGAACCUGCUCUCUGGAGGGGGGGGCUCACAUCAACUCCUUUGAUGGCAAAGCCUACACCUUCCAUGGGGACUGUUCCUACGUCCUGGCUAAGCAGAGUAAUGGCUCCUCGUUUGCAGUGCUGGUGGAUCUGGCCAAGUGCGGCAUGGCUGACAGUCAGACCUGCCUCAGAGCUGUAACUGUGAGCUUAGCCAGCCGUUCUGUGGUUAUUAAAAUGACGGCUAGCGGGCAGGUCUAUGUGAACCAGAUUGCCUCUAUGCUUCCACUGUUUACACCGAUGCUGAGCGCCUUCAGUCCGUCCUCCUUCUACAUCGUCAUGGACAUCAAGGUGGGCAUUCAAGUAAUGGUCCAGCUGUCCCCGGUGAUGCAGGUCUUCAUCUCCGCUGACACUUCUCUGAAAGGAACCACCUCUGGUUUGUGUGGGAACUUCAACAACAAAAUGAGUGAUGACUUCAAGGUGAUUAGUGGGCUGGUGGAGGGUACAUCUUCAGCCUUUGGCAACUCAUGGAAAACUAGAGCCAAGUGCCCCGACAUUAUAGCAGGAUUUGGACACCCCUGUCGCCAAAGCAUCAACAAAGAGAGUUAUGCCAAGUACUGGUGCUCCAAACUCGCCGAUCCCCAGGGACUGUUUGCUUCCUGCCAUUCCUUAAUUAGCCCCAGCAUGUACAAAGAUAACUGCAUAUAUGACAGCUGUAACUGUGAGAACAGUGAGGAAAGCAUGUGUGCCGCAGUCUCCGCUUAUGUUUAUGCCUGUGCAGCUGCAGGGAUCCAUUUUAGAGGCUGGAGGAACACCAUCUGUGGAAAAUUCAGUGAAUCAUGUCCAGGAGAAACUGUGUAUGACUACAACAUGACCUGCUGCCAGCGCACCUGCCGCUCCCUCAGCCAGACCGACUACUCCUGCCAGAGCAGCUUCACCGCGGUGGACGGCUGCGGCUGUGCAGAGGGAACUUACAUGACCGAGGAGAGCCAGUGUGUGUCCAGAGAACGCUGUCCCUGCUAUGAUAAAGACACCAUUAUUCCUGCUGGGCAGACUGUCAACAAAGAUGGCAACACAUGUGUCUGCAGACAAGGAGCCCUCAGCUGCUCAGGAGGGACACAACUAUCAGUCUCCCCAUCAUGUGCUGGCCCAAUGGUUUACUUUGACUGCUCCACUGUUCAACCUGGGGUCCCUGGGACUGAGUGUCAAAAGAGCUGCAGCACUCUGGACAUGGGUUGUAUCAGUAGCGGCUGCACAUCGGGCUGCAUGUGCCCUGACGGCCUGGUGUCGGACGGGCUGGGAGGCUGCGUCACAGAGAGCAGCUGUCCAUGCCUGCACAACGGACAGGCCUAUCAGCCCGGGCAAACUCUCACUGUGGACUGCAACACCUGCUCCUGCAGUGGAAGGAAGUUCACAUGUACCACCAAUAUCUGUGAUGCAGUGUGUGGUAUCUAUGGUGACGGGCACUUCGUCACGUUUGAUGAUAAGAGGUUUGACUUCAAUGGAGAGUGUGAAUACACACUUCUACAGGACUACUGUGGCGGCGGUCAGAGCAACGGAAGCUUCAGAAUUAUCUCGGAAAAUGUUCCAUGUGGAAGCACAGGAACCACCUGCUCCAAGGCCAUCAAGAUCUACAUGGGGGAUAGUGAAUUCCAAUUAAAAGAUGAGAAGUUCAGCGUGCUAAAGGGCAGCGGUGGUAAAGAUGGUAAAGGUCGGUUACACAAGAUGGGCAUCUACCAGGUGGUGACCAUCAAGCCAGGACUUGUGAUUGUUUGGGACCAGAAGACCAGUCUUUUCAUUAAACUCAACCCACAGCUCCAGGGUCAAGUAUGUGGUCUGUGUGGAAACUACGACGGUAACAGCAAGAAUGACUUCACCACACGCUCCCAGGAGAAAGUUGCAGAUGUUCUAGAAUUUGCAAACAGUUGGAAGGUUUCAUCCGACUGCCCAAAUGCCAAACUCGUCACUGAUCCCUGUGCCUCGAACCGCUAUCGAGCAGCCUGGUCCCAGAAACAGUGCAGCAUCAUCAUCAGUGUCAUCUUCCAGAGCUGCCAUGCAAAGGUUGACCCUGGUCCAUACUUUGAUUCUUGCGUGAGAGACUCUUGUGCUUGUGACUCUGGUGGGGACUGUGAGUGUCUCUGCACUGCUGUGGCUGCUUAUGCCAAAGCUUGUAAUGAAGCUGGGGCCUGUGUUAAAUGGAGAACUCCAAAGCUGUGCCGUAAGUUUUGCCACCAUUACACCAGGAAAAUCUGAGAUACAGCAUUCGAGGAUUUGUAGAAAGUGUCUUUAAAAAAAUAAACAAGUUUGUCAUAUGUAACAAGAGCAAUGAAGUACAUAUUUUGUUUCUUGCAGCUGUUUUCUGCGACUAUUAUAACUCCCCUGGUGAAUGUGAGUGG